GUGGAAGUCCUCACCAAGAUGGAAGGUGUUUGCUGGAAGAGGUGAAGAAGAGCGGCUGGCUGACGCCUGAUACCGCGAGUUCGAGGCAGGCAGAGGAUUUAUUACCCGCGCAUUUUGAAUGACAUGGCCUCUGCCCUGGAGGAUCCAACCUUAGAACACAGCUUUAAAGGUCAUAAAGAUGUGGUCACAAGUGUUGAUUUUAACCCAAACAACAAGCAGCUUGCAACUACCUCAUUUGAUCAGCACCUUAUGAUAUGGAACUUGAAGCCUCAGACAAGAGCGUACCGAUUUACAGGACACAAAGAUGCUGUGAUGUGUGCCCAGUUCUCUCCGUCAGGUCACCUGGUGGCAUCUGCUUCACGGGAUAAGACUGUUAGACUCUGGACGCCAAAUAUCAAAGGGGUGUCAACAGCAUUCACAGCCCACGGUGCCACAGUUCGCAGUGUGAAUUUCUCCAGCGAUGGUAAUUUCCUGGUUACAGCAGCUGACGACAAAUCAGUAAAGGUGUGGAGCGCUCAUCAGCAACGGUUUUUGUUGUCCUUUAAAGAGCACAAUAACUGGGUGCGCUGUGCUAGGUUCUCACCAGAUGGAAGGCUUAUAGUUUCCUGUAGUGAUGACAGAACUGUUAAGAUCUGGGACACAGCGAGCAGGGAGUGUAUCAAUACUUUCACUAAUCAUGGGGGGUUUGCCAACUUUGUAGAUUUUAACCCCAGUGGGACCUGUGUAGCUUCAGCAGGAACCGAUAAUACUGUGCAACUUUGGGAUAUCCGUAUAAACAAGCUGCUGCAACAUUAUCAAGUCCACAGUGCUUCAGUGAACUGCUUAUCUUUCCAUCCUUCCGGCAACUACCUUAUUACUGCAUCUAGUGACUGUACUCUCAAGAUAAUGGAUUUGUUGGAAGGACGAUUAUUUUAUACCCUCCAUGGACACCAGGGUCCUGUAAUGGCAGUAACAUUUUCUAGGCAAGGUGAAUAUUUUGCUUCUGGUGGAAGUGAUUCACAGGUAUUGGUGUGGAAGACAAAUUUUGAUAGUAUUCCAUACAAUGAAGUCUUGAAACAUAAUAUUGUGAGAACAAAUCCUGAAGCCCCUCCACACAUUACUGAUAUUCACCCAAGAAUUCCUCACCGGCAUAAUCCCAGAUCUCAAACGAUACAGAUUAAUCCCAGUACCGAUGUAGCUGACUUGCAAACAUCUGAUCCAGUGGUGAUGGACGCUGGGAGAGGCUUUGCCCCUGAUCCCCGGUCAAAACCGGUGGAAACAAACUGGGGCUCACUUUUAACCAACCAGAACAGAUCCAUUGAUCCCUCUUUGCCAGCCAACUCCUACCGACUGGACCCAGUUAACAAUGAACCCACAGCCUGCUCUCAAAGAGACCACACGGGAAUCCCGUCAGAACUUACCGAAACAUUGGGGCGCAUUGUGGAGCAACUGGACGUUUUAACCCAGACUGUGUCGAUCUUAGAGCAGCGUUUAACAUUGACUGAAGAUAAGUUACAGGAGUGCCUGGAUAACCAAAGCACUACGCUGCAAGAAAGACCACCCUAGUUAAGUAAAAAACCUCAAGAGAUUUGGACUUCAAGCCUCCUGUAUUGUAAUAUGGCUUUCUGUUGAAAACAAUGCUUCAACAUUGAGCCUUUCCUUACUUACGGAGUGUGGGCUCCACUUGGAUAUGACUGAGUCCUUGCACUGAAACCUUAAAACAGCUUCUACCAAAUCUCUGUGCUCUUUAAUUAUCCUCUCGUGUAUAAUGCUUCCAAAUGUUUGAUUUCCACAAAAUACAUGGAGAGAGUGGAACACUUGAGCGCUUCUCAAUCAUGGGAUUUCCUUUCCAAUGCAGGUCAACUCUUUAUUAUGGAGAAUACAUGGUUAUACUUUGCAAGAUAUGGCACAUACAAGACUAUAUAUUCAGAUGCAUGUAAUCAAGAAGAAAGUGCAUCUGAAAGUGACUAAUUUUCCACAUGUUUCUACAAAACUACUUGAAAAACUCACUUUAAAUUUUUAUAGAUUCAUUUGUAAGAUUCAAAUUAAUGAAAGAAUUUUUAUUAAGUGUCAUAAGCUAAUAGUGUUCUGUAAAACACUUAUUUUAAAACAACUUUUUAAUUAAAAAAUUGUUAUCAUGAAAUACAUUUACAUGGAAGCAGAAUUUUUAAGGAAAGUUUUCACUGAUAUAUCAAUUGAUGUUAAUUGGUCAAACUAAUUAGCUGAAUUGCACAUAUCAUUUUGUACUUUAGAGUUUAAAUGUGGUGAGUUCCUAACACCUUCUAUGCAUCAGAGCCAGGCCAGCAUUUCAGAGCAGCAUUGUAGAGUAUCCUUCAGAUGAGACAUUAGACCAGAUCCUAUCUGCUGUCUCAGGUUGGAAGAAAGGACCCCACGGCAUCAUUCAAAGUAGACCAGAAUUUCAGAUGCUGACGAGGAGGAGGCCGAGAUCAAUCAGCUGAUUGAGUGGUGUUGCAACAGUAACAACCUUGCACUCAGUAUCAGUAAGACCAAGGAAUUGAUUGUGGACAUCAGGAAGGUUAAGUUGAGUGAACACACACCAGUCCUCAUCAAGGGGUGAACAGUUUCAAGUUCCUAGGUGUCAACCACUUUGAAGAUCUAUCCUGAGCUUAACAUAUUGAUAUAAUUACAAAGAAGACACGACAAUGGGAGUUUGUGAAGACAUGGUAUGUCACCGAAGACUCUUGCAAUACUGUGGAGAGCCUUCUAAUUGGUUGCACCUCUGUCUGGUAUAGAGGGGCGACUGCCCAGGAUUGGAAAAAGCUGCAGAAAGUUGUAAACUGAACCAUCUCCAUCGUGAGCGCUAGCCUCCCCAGCAUCGAGGACACCUUCAAAAGGCGAUGCCACAGAAAGGUGGCAUAUAUCAUGAAAGACCACCAUCACCCAGGACAUGCCCUCUUCUCAUUGCUACCAUUAAGGAUGAGGUAUAGGAGCCUGAAGACACAUACUCAAUGUUUCUGGAACAACUUCUUCCCCUCUGCCAUCAGAUUUCUGAAUGGAUAAUGAACCUAUGAACACCACCUGACUUUUUUGGUCUCUUUUUGCAUUACUUAUUCAGUUUCUUUAUUAUGUAUUGUGAUGUACUGCUGCUGCAAAACAAUAAAUUUCACAACGUAUGUCAGUAGUAUUAGAUCCGAUUCUGGUUGUUGCCACCAACAUAGAUUACAUUGAUCGGUAAUAUUUCAGUUGGAAACCACUACUGUUGCAAUGUCAGGUCCUAGGUCAGAACUAACAUAAGAAAAGAUGCUGUACAGUAGGCAGCUGUGUGGUUGAGUUUUGUAGGGAAGGCAAUGACAUGUUUUGGUGUCUGCAGAUCAAGGUUGAUGGGAUUGGAGUGUGUGCAUGGGGAAUUUACAGUACAUGGGCUGUGUGGAAGAAACAUCAGGAGCCAUGCCUUAAGUUGGGGGUUGGGGAGAGUAAUAGCUUUGAGUAUCCAGUCAAGAAUGAGGUCAGUGAUGAGGGGAAGAGUGGGUAGAAACUUGAGGCUUGCAUCAGGGACCUCUGCAAAUCAUGGUGGGGGUGGAGCUGGAGGGAAGUCAAAGAGUCAUGGUGUGGACUGUACGAGAUCCAUGUGGUCAAGUGAUUGCAGUGAAGACCAGCGUGGGUGGGGAGAGCAAGGGCAAGUGAAUGAAGCAGCACAGAAAGAGGUCCUUUGGCCAUGAUGUUCUGCUGAAAUAAUUAAUCAUUUAUCACCGAACUAAACUAGUUCCUAGAUGAUCCAUAUCCUGUAUUCCCAAUUUUAGCUGCCAUCAACUGUGUGCAUAAGAAACUUGCCUUAUAAAUCUCCUUUAAACUUGCCUCAUCUCCACUUAAAUUUAUGCCCUCUAAUAUUAGAUAAUUAGACCCGGGUGGAGGGGGGGGGGGAAUACCAGCUGUUUGCUUUAUUGAUCCUUCUCGUAACUUUAGACCAUAAGACAUAGGAGUAGAACUAGGCCAUUCGACCCAUCGAGUGUGCCCAGCCAUUCCAUCAUGGCAAAUUUAUUAUCCCUCUCAACCCCAUUCUCCUGCCUUCUCCCCAUAACCGCUGAUCCCCUUAUAAUCAAGAACCUGUCAAUCUCUGCUUUAAAUAUACCCAGUGAUUUGGCCUCCACAGCUGUCUGCAGCAAUGAAUUCCACAGAUUCACCACCCUCUGGCUAAAGACAUUCCUCCUCAUCUCUGUUCUAAGGGGACAUCCUUUUAUUCUGAGGCUAUGCCCUCUGGACCCAGAUUCCCCCACUACAGGAAACAACCUCUCCACGUACAUUCUAUCUAGGCCUUUUGUUCUUCUAAACUCCUGCGAGUAUAGGCCCAGAGCCAUCAAACACUCCUUGUACAUCAACCCUCUCAUUCCCCAGGAUCAUUCUCAUGAACCUCCUCUGGACCCUCUCAAAUACACAUCGUAUUUUAGAUAAGAGGCCCAAAAUUUCUCACAAUGCACCAAGAUCAGUCAGAACAAGGCUUUUAUAAAACUCCAACCUUACAUCCUUGCUUUUAUAUUCUAGUCCCCUCAAAAUGAAUGCUAACAUUGCAUUUGACUUCCUUACCUGGACAUUAAUCUAUAUUGAAUCCUGCACAAGACUCCCAAGUCCCUUUGUACCUUUGAUUUCUGUAUUUUCUCCCCAUUUGGACAACAGUCCACACUUGUAUUUCUUCUCCCAAAGUGCAUGACCAUACAUUCCUUUUCACUAUAUUCCAUCUGCCACUCCUUUGCCCAAAUCUAUCUGACUUUUAUAAACUCCUGUCAGGUCUCUCAGCCCAUGCUACUGCAGAGAAAACAGCCCAAACCUGUUCAACCAUUGUGCUCUGAUCCAGCCAGAAUCCUAAUGAAGCUCUUCUGCACCCUUUUCAAAGCCUCCAUAUUCUUCUAAUAAUAGGGUGACCAGAACUGAGUGCAGAACUCCUGAUGUGGCCUACGUAGAGCCUUAGAAAGCUGCGAUGUACUGACUCUUAAACUCAAUACUUUGACUAAUAAUGGUGAGUACGCUGUACAACACCUUUACUAACCUGUCAAUCUGUACAGUCACUUUCGAGGAGCUAUGAACUUAAUAUUCCAGGAUCCUCUGGUACAACUACACUGUUAAGGGUCUCACCUACUGUCCCUUUACAUUUGAUCUUCCAAUAGUGGAAGGUGGUUAAGGGUGUCAAUUCUGCGACAUGCUAGGAUUUCCAGGUUGACCCUGCAGUGCCCAAAGAUGGCAACACACUGCCACUCAGUCAUGGCUGAUACUUAUAUCAUUCCUUUCAGCCCCAUUCUCCUGUCUUCUCCCCGUAACCUUUGAGACUCUUAUCAAUCAAGACUGUAUCAACAUUGACUUUAAAUAUACCCAAUAAUUUGACCUCCGUCGUCAUCUGUGGCAUUGAGUUCCUCAGAUAAUUUCAUUAUGAAGUGUAUUGGGGUAAUACAAGGGAAAAGAGUAAUGGAAUGCAAAAUCAAGUGUUACAGUUUCAGGGAAAGUGCACGGUCAUAAGUAGAUUGUGAGAUUAAAAAUCCAUUAUAUCAUACUAGAGGACUAUCCAGUAAUCUUAAAACAGCAGGAUAGAAACUGUCUUUGAGCCUGGUGAUGUGUGCUUUCAAGCUUUUGUAUCUUCUACCCACUGGGAAGAGGGAGAAGGGAGAAAGUCCAAGGUGGGUGGGAUCUUUGAUUAUGCUGGCUGCUUUACCAAGGUAACAAGAAUUUAGCCAGAGUCAAUGGUUUCUGCAAUAUGCUGAGCUGUGUCUGCAACUCUGCGGUUUCUUGCAGUCACAGACAGAGCAGUUGCCACACGGAGCUGUAAUGAAUCUGGAUAGGAUACUUUCUAUGGUGCAUUGAUAAAAAUUGGUGAGGUUGAAAGGGGACAUGCCAUAUUAAAAUGUUCCAUUUCAUUGAUCGUCUAAAUCUGCUGAUAGGUUUUAUUACCAGCUCUUCUUGUACGAGGACAAACAAGCGGCAGGGUAAAUCAUUGCAGACACUACCCACCCAGUACACUGCCUUUUCCAAAAGCUUCUUUCUGGAAAGCGCUAUAGAAUAGUACAGCACUGUAGGCCGAAGGUCCUGUACUAUGUGCUGACCCUUAAACCCUACCUCCCAUAUAACCCCCCCACCUUAAAUUCCUCCAUAUACCUGUCUAGUAGUCUCUUAAAUUUCACUAGUGUAUCUGACUCAGGCAGUGUAUUCCAAGCACCAACCACUCUGAGUAAAAAACCUUCCUCUAAUAUCCCCCUUGAACUUCCUGCCCCUUACCUUAAAGCCAUGUCCUCUUGUAUUGCCCUGGGGAAGAGGUGCUGGCUGUCCACUCUAUCUAUUCCUCUUAAUAUCUUGUACACCUCUAUUAUGUCUCCUCUCAUCCUCCUUCUCUCCAAAGAGUAAAGCUCUAGCUCCCUUAAUCUCUGAUCAUAAUGCAUACUCUCUAAACCAGGCAGCAUCCUGGUAAAACUAUAGCUAAUUAUUAUUUAUUGUUAUUUUAAUAUUUUAAUUAAAAUAAAACCUUAUGCCAUCUUAGAAGUUUCUCUCCACCCCACCACCAGGCAGUUAAUUUGAUCAAGCAUUUUAGUUAUAGCCCCCUCUAUUACCACAGUCAGUGCACAACACUGUAAGCACUUAAAACCACUUUUUAUAAUGUUGUUUACAUUGUAAAUAUAUGCUGGUGUUUAUGUAUUUAUGCACAUUUUAUUCCAUAUCUGUACUUUAACCCCUAAUUUUUAAUAUAAUUCUAUAUAAUUGCCGAAUGUUGUUGUUUUUCAUUGAAUGUCACGCCAACACUCCACAGCAAAUUCCUAAUCCAUGUAAAUGUAUAGGGUGAAUAAAGUUGAUCCUUGAUCCUGAUUUCCAAAUGCCAGAAAACCUGAGUUCCUGUGAUGUGUACACCAGUUUUAUGGUUGCGUGUAGCGAGGGCAAGAAUCCUUAAGCUGUCUAAGCAUGUUAGAACGUGUGGGUCAGGAAUUUCCUUUCCCAACUCUCCAGCUUGUGAAUUUCCAUCCACUGCAAUGAACAAGCAGGAAAUUGUAGAAUUGGUAGGCGUAAGGGAAAUGGGUCAGAGAGUUAAGUAGUUCAAUUUCCUAAGUUCUCUAAGACAUGGUGAAAUAAAAACUAUCUACAACUUGAGUUUGCUCAUGUCCCAUCCUGGGUGUGGGCAUUACGGCAGUGAUUUACAAGAAUCUUCUUACAAUGAGUAAUCAUCUUCCUCAGUAGGAAGAUUUGGUCACUAUAUGUAGAGAGAAAAAAAUUGGGUGUGUUUUAUACACUACUCACACAUGACAGUAUGUCCGGACUCUGAGUUAUCACAUUGUCAAGCUAAUAUGACAGUGGUGCAACUCAUGGCCAGCAAUGAUGAGACAGCCUACAGAGAGAAGUUGGAAGAGCUCGAGACCUGGUAGGAGGUAAAUAGCUUCUUCCUUAAUGUCAACAAGACAAAGGAGAUGGUUAUUGACUUCAGGAGAACUUGUACCGCUCACACCCCACUUUACAUCGGCGACACAGCAGUAGAAACUGCAAGCAGUUUCAAACUCUUGGGCAUACACAACCUCUCACGGUCCCAGAAGAUAUUCAAGAAAACUCACCAAUGCCUCUGCUUUCCGAGGAGACUGAAGAGAGCUGGAUUAUGUACAUCUGUAUCACUGCAUUGUAUGGAAACUACACUGUGGCUCUACAGCGAGUAAUCAAAACUGCCCAGUCCAUCUCUGGCACCAGCCUACCCACCAUCAAGGAUGUGUAUGCAAGGUGAGUAAGGAUCAUGAAGGAUUCCACCCCCCACCCUGCUCAUGGACUGUGUCCCACUCCCAUCAGGGAGGAUGCUGCAUAGCAUCCAUGCCAGGACCACCAAACUCAAAAACAGUUACUUUCCCCAAGCAGUAAGACUCAUCAACACCUCCCCCCACCACCCCAUACCGACCACCACCAGCACUACUUUAUUAUUUCUUGCCAGGGUCACCUUAUGUACCGACACAGCUAUACCCAGCGUCAUUUUAUGGACAGACAAUCAAUCUAUGUCUGUAAGCUAUGUUAUAUAUUUAUGUUUAUUGAGCUUAUUUUAUUAUUGUGUUCUUUAUCUUACUGUGUUUUGUGUUUCAUCAGAUCCAGAGUAACAAUUAUUUUGUUCUCCUUGAUACACAAGUACUGGAAAUGACAUUAAAUAAUCCUCAAUCUUGAAUAAUUUGCAUCCUUUGAAGGUUUAUGUACUGCUUCCUCAUGAUGUAUACGAGGGGGUAUAAUUUUAAGGUGAUUGAAGGAAAGGAUAGGGGUAAGUUCUUUACACAAAGUUUUUUUACUCAGCGAUAGGUGCCUGCAAUACACUGCUAAAGGAGGUGUUGGAAACGUACAACAGUGACAGACACAUGAACAGUUGAGAAAUGGAGAGAUACAGACUGUGUAGGCACAGAUAUCACAACAUUGUUGCUGCAGGAGAAGGACGUGAUGGACACAGUGGGGUGGUUCCCUGAGCAGACUGUCCAGUUCAUCUGGCAAAAUGCCUCAUCGCCAGACCUAACCAACAGGCACCAAGACCUCGCCUGGCUGGCGGUGAGAGGGGCCCUCCCAGUCAGAGCCCUCCUGUACGCCCGGAACGUCAUCUCCGCACCCCACUGCCCACAGGAGGACUGCAGUGAGGAGGAGUCUGUGACCCACCUCUUUGCACACUGCCAGUUCGCAAAGAGGGUGUGGAGGAGGAUGGACGGGCUAGUGUCAUGUUUCAUCCCCAGCAGCUGCGUAACAGAGGACUCUCUGAUCUACUGGCUGUCCCCGGGGACACACACGGAGACCAACAUCCGGUGCUGCUGGCAGAUCAUCAACUCGGUGAAAGACGCUCUUUGGUCCGCCCGAAACUUGAUGAUCUACCAGCACAUGGAGAUGUCCGUGGGAGAAUGCUGCCGACUGGCACAUUCUCGGCUGCAGGAGUACGUGCUGAGGGACGCACUGAAACUUGGUGCA